AUGGACAGCUUUAAAAAAGCUUUAGAAGAGUAUGUGGAAUCAAUGCAACGACAACAAGCUGACUUAGAAUCUGCGAUCGGUUGCAAUACUACCGAAGCACAAAAGUUACGAGGCGCGUUAACCGAUAAGGAGGCUAUGGUUAAGUGCAAGGGAAAUCAACUAACCGAACAGAAACAGCAAAUUGCUUCCAGUGAUAGGUCUUUGCAGGAACUAACAACUGAGUUAAAGGAGCGGGAUGUUGAACUGGAGGCUCAUAGGAAUUCGGCACCGGAAAAGUUGACUAGGGCUGAACAGUGUACGGACAUGGUCCGCCAGGAACUAGCUGAUUCGUGUGCCGUGGUAGUUGGAUGGAAGACCAAAAGUCAAAACGCUGCCAAGGCGCACUCUGAACUAAAAGUAUCCCAAAAAGCGGAACAGUGUCGUGCAAAAACUAUCCUCGCGGAAUUGGGUGACAAUCGAAGCCAGUUGGCUGUACAGCUGACUGACACAAUACUCCAGCUCAAGUGUGCGGUUUCUGAAAACUGCCAGCUUACAGCCGACGCAAAAGUUAUGGCUGAGCGAUUGGCCUGUAUUUUGACUGAGAUAGAGCGRUUAGAGAAGCGUCACUCUUCAGAUCGCCUCUCACCGAUGGCACAGUGUACGGCUUUUGAAACUCAGGACGAUAAGACUGUUAGAAAGUGGAAUACAUUAGAGUCAGUUGAAAAUGAGGUAGAACGGCUGAAAUGGGCAUGUGAAGACCGUGAUCGCGCAAUCAGGGAUGCGAAAGGAAAGCUCGAUGACUGUUGUACAACCAGCGCAAGAACUGACUGUUAUUAUGAUUACUGA